AUGGGUAGUGUAGAUCAUCACCUACACAUGUUCUUCUUCCCAUUCCCUUCUCAAGGACACAUAAUACCAACCAUUGACAUGGCAAGACUAUUUGCUGCAAGAGGGGUCAAAGCCACAAUAAUCACCACCCCACUCAACGCCCCUCUUAUACUCCGAACUCUAGAGAAAACAAAAGCUCCUCACCAUAGCAUUGGUAUCCGAACAAUCAAGUUCCCUUGUGCUGAGUUUGGCAUACCUGAAGGAUGUGAAAAUGCUGAUUCAAUCCAAAACCUAAAUAUGCUUCAUAGUUUCUUCAAAGCAACCAUGAUGCUGCAGGAACCCCUGGAGCAGCUUUUGCUUGAAGAACAACCACACUGCCUUAUUGCUGAUAUGUUUUUCCCAUGGGCAACUGAUUCUGCUGCUAAAUUCUCAAUCCCAAGGCUUGUUUUCCACGGAACAGGUUUGUUUUCUCUGUGUGCUUCAUUUUGCGUGACAACCUACGAGCCUUACAAGAAUGUUUCAUCAGACUCAGAGGCCUUUCUCAUUCCCAAUCUUCCCGGUGAGAUCAAAAUGACAAGGAUGCAAUUGACAGAGCUCAGUAGAAAAGAUGAUGAGGAAAAAACCUUAACCCGGUUGUUGAACGAUUCUAGGGAAUCAGAGGUUAAGAGCUAUGGGAUGGUUGUGAACAGCUUCAAUGAACUGGAGCAGGUUUAUUCAGAUCAUUACAGGAAGGUAUUUGGAAGGAGAACGUGGAAUAUAGGCCCGGUGUCACUAUGCAAUAGGGACAAUGAAGAAAAAGCAAAGAGAGGAAAAGAAGCUGACAUUGAUGAACAUGUGUGUUUGAAUUGGCUAGGCUCCAAGAAACCCAAUUCCGUUGUUUAUGUUUGCUUUGGAAGCAUGGCUAACUUCAGUGACUCUCAGCUAGGGGAAAUUGCAAUGGGCUUGGAGAAUUCUGGUCAACAAUUCAUAUGGGUUGUGAGAAAAAACAGGAAAGAUGAAGAAGAGAAGGAGAAAUGGGUGCCUGAAGGAUUUGAGAAAAGAAUGGAAGGUAAGGGACUAAUCAUAAGGGGUUGGGCACCUCAAGUGUUAAUUUUGGACCAUGAAGCAGUGGGAGGGUUUGUGACACAUUGUGGAUGGAACUCAGUAUUGGAAGGGGUGUCUGGUGGGGUGCCAAUGGUCACUUGGCCUUUGUGUGCAGAGCAGUUUUACAAUGAAAAGUUUGUGACCGAGGUCAUUAAAAUAGGGGUUCCUGUUGGUGUGAAAGUGGGAGGUGGUGUUAAGAAGGAUGCAAUAGAGGAUGCUUUGAAUAGGAUAAUGGUCGGAGAAGAAGCAGAGGUACUCAGAAACAAUGCCAGGUCGCUUGCCCAGAAGGCUAGGCAGGCUGUUGAAGUAGGAGGAUCAUCUUACUCUGAUUUGAACUCUCUUAUUCAGGAAUUGCAGUUGUGUUAG